AUGAAAAUUAGCUCAGUACGUCGACCCUUCAUAGAUCCCGCCCUAACUAUUCUGUUGACCCUGGUUGGAGAUAAACCUUCUGAACAAAUAUCAGCGGCUCACUGCCUCCAGGAAGUUGUGGAUGUCUAUAGAUCCAGUCUUCGCGACUCGUCACAAAACGGCAUUUUAUCCCAUCGCUUUUGCGGCCGCCGCACGCGCCUUGGCAACUUCUAUUUGCAUGACGGAUGGCUGAACGAGAAGUCUCCCCAGCGCUCAAAAGCUCCGAUCGAGAUGUCGAAGAAGAGCAGCCUUGCGACAGCCGUGACCACCAGCUCCAAGCCGUCGGAGACCACACCGUUAGUGCCAAAAGGAGACCCAAACGGUGACAAUGGCCCGGCGAGGAGCAGCGGUCUCUCCGUGAAACAGGCUGCGUUGUUGGUGGCUGGCGAGAUGGCUGGCAGUGGGGUGUUGGCGUUGCCACGCGCCCUUGUCAAAACUGGCUGGAUCGGAGUACCGAUAAUCGUUUUGCUGGCCAUAAUGGCCGCGUUUAGCGGGAAACGCCUGGGCGACUGCUGGUCCAUGAUCGAGGGACGGGACCCCGAGAUGAGGAGCAGGAAGAGAAACCCCUACGCAAUCAUCGCCGAUCAGGCACUGGGAAAAACAUGGAGUGCCGCCGUGUCCCUGGCCAUAAUAGUGUCCCUGUUCGGAGCCGCCGUGGUCUACCUGCUGCUCGCCGCGCAAAUCGUCGAGCAGGUGUUUUUAUCCUUAGUGCCAACCGUCACCUUCUGCGCUUGGUAUUUGAUCGUGGGCGGUAUCAUGACGCCCCUCAUGCUCUUCGGAACACCAAAGGAUUUCUCGUUCGUGGGAGUCGUAGCAUUCUUCGCGAGCGUCGUUGCGUGUAUUCUUUACUUCAUCCAGAUGAUGAAUGACAUCAAACCCUUCGUGUUCCGCUGGGGAAUUCAUGGCUUCAAGGACUUUUUCCUUGCUUUCGGCACAAUAAUGUUCACAUUCGGCGGCGCCUCCGCAUUCCCGACCAUCCAGAAUGACAUGGUGGAGAAGUCCAAGUUCUCCAAGAGUGUGCAGUACAGUUUCCUAGCUAUCCUCGCAUUGUACCUGCCAAUUGCGAUAGCCGGUUACAGCGUGUACGGGGAGUCCGUAGCACCCAACGUGGCUGGCUCCCUUUCGGCCACCCCUCUGACACUCGUUGGAAACAUAUUCAUGGCCGUCCACCUCUUGUCUGCUUUCAUUAUCAUUGUGAACCCGGUUUGCCAAGAGAUGGAAGAGUUGUACAACAUCCCUAGAGACUCGGUCGGCUACCGCGCCCUCGUGCGCCUUUCGAUAAUGGGUGCGGUCCUGUUUCUUGGCGAGAGCAUUCCUCGAUUCUACACCAUCUUGGCUCUGGUCGGUGGCACCACGGUCGCCCUACUCACCUUCGUGUUGCCAUCCUACUGCUACCUCAAUUUGGUCAGCCAGCCUCCCAGGGAAGGCGAGCCCAUUACUGAAACUCCUGGCUGGAAGAAACUAGUGUGCUGGGAGAUUAUCGUCGUUGGAGUCUUGGGUGGGGCAGCUGCUACCUUCGCCGCUGGCACUAGGAGCUCGAGCACUGAGAGCAUCGCACGGCUGUAUCUGCCUCUUAAACGGACCUUAAGGAGC